GGCGAGCGCAACAAACCUCGAUAGCAGGCCCAAGAGAGGGCGGGGAAACGGAGCCCGUAACCCAGCAACAGCUGGCGGGGACAAGAAAGAAUGGAUUUUCCACAGCACAGUCACCAGGUCCUGGAGCAGUUGAAUCACCAGAGACACCUUGGGUUGCUCUGUGACUGCACCUUUGUUGUAGAUGGCAUUGACUUCAAGGCACACAAGGCGGUGCUGGCUGCAUGCAGUGAAUAUUUCAGGACAUUGUUCCUGGACCAGAAAGAUGUGGUACACCUUGACAUCAGCAAUGCAGCAGGUCUCGGCCAGGUGUUAGAAUUCAUGUACACGGCCAAGCUGAACCUGACCUCGGCGAACGUUUUUGAUGUGCAGGCAGUGGCUGGCUUCCUUCAGAUGCAUGACAUUGUCAGCACCUGUAACACUUUCAUUGAAGGUAUUGAGAUACCAGGCAGUGAUGGAAAGCAAGAAAAAGAACUGGUCACAGAUAAUCCUGAGAAACAAAAGAAGGACCCAGCUGAAGAAGUGAAGGAUGAAGCACCAGUGGAAUCUGAGGACGACGAUACAACAGUGGAGUUUGAAGAUGAUGAAGACAAAGAUUACAAACCUGGCGACACAGUGAAAGAUGCUGUCUCGAAGAUAUAUGGUAAACGUCGGCACCUUCCUGCCAGGAAAAGCACUUCGAGUGACACCAAAGAUGCCAGUAUUUCAGAAAAUCCUGAUGAAGAGACAGCAGAAGAUGAAUUGAGUGAGUCAGAUAAAGUGGAGCAAGAUGAAGACACUGAGAUAAAAGAGAAUGGGGAUGCAAUGACACACGGUCAUGGAGACAGUGGGGGACAUUCUGAAUUCAGUGAAAAGUUAGACGCAGCCUCAGAGUCAGAUGCAACUUUGGAUGAUCAGGAUGGUGCUCAUGACACCAGACGUCGCCGCUUUGGACCAUACAUUGACCGGACUGAGUCCCGUCCUUAUGGCUCAAUAACACACAAAUGCAAGGACUGUGGGAAAGAGUUCACACACACGGGAAACUAUAAGCGGCAUGUCCGCAUCCACACAGGAGAGAAGCCAUUCUCCUGCAGGGAGUGUAACAAAGCAUUCUCUGACCCUGCAGCCUGCAAAGCACAUGAGAAAACACACAGUCCUGUCAAACCUCAUUCCUGUGAAGAAUGUGGGAAAAGCUACCGGCUCAUCAGUUUGCUGAAUUUGCAUAAGAAGCGACAUACGGGCGAGGCUAAGUACACGUGUGAUGACUGCAGGAAAACAUUCACCACUUCUGGCAACCUGAAACGCCACCAGCUGGUUCACAGUGGUGAGAAGCCUUACCAAUGCGAUUACUGCGAGAGGUCAUUCUCUGAUCCCACUGCUAAAAUGAGGCAUCUGGAAAUGCAUGAUGCUGACAAGGUUCACAAGUGUCCGCACUGUGAGAAACGUUUUAAUCAGCUGGGGAACUUAAAAGCCCACCUGAAGAUUCACAUUGUGGAUGGACCCCUCAAGUGCAGGGAAUGUGGGAAGCAGUUCACCACUUCAGGAAACCUUAAACGCCACUUGAGGAUCCACAGUGGGGAGAAACCAUACGUCUGCCCACAUUGCCAGCGAGCGUUUUCUGAUCCUGGAGCAUUACAGCGUCAUGUGCGCAUUCACACAGGUGAGAAGCCUUGUAUCUGCAUCAUAUGUGGGAAAAGCUUCACUCAGGCGAGCUCUCUAAUAGCUCAUAUCAGGCAACACACAGGGGAGAAACCAUACGUCUGCGAUCGCUGUGGUAAAAGGUUUACCCAAUCCAGUCAGCUAGCCAAUCACAUUCGGCACCAUGACAACAUACGGCCACAUCAGUGUCACAUCUGUAACAAGGCGUUUGUCAAUGCUGGUGACCUGGCCAAACAUGUCAUCAUCCACACUGGUGAAAAGCCCUAUCUCUGUGAUACAUGUGGACGAGGCUUCAAUCGUGUUGACAAUCUGCGGUCACAUGUUAAAACUGUCCAUCAGGGAAAGACCAGCCUUAAAAAGCUCAAAACUAAAGAUGAGGAUGAUGAGGAAGAAAGGAAUGUUGUCACUGUUACAACAGACACCGUGGUCACCUUGGCAACUGAGGCACUGGCUGCUUCUGCAGUGACCCAGCUAACUGUGGUUCCUGUGGCAACAGCAGUGACCGCAGAUGAGACAGAGGUCCUGAAAGCGGAGAUUACAAAGGCAGUAGAGCAGGUUCAGGAAGCAGAUCCAAAUGCACAUAUCCUAUAUGCCUGUGAUUCUUGUGGGGAAAAGUUCCUGGAUGCCAACAGCCUGGCACAACAUGUGCGCAUUCACACAGCCCAAGCCCUGGUCAUGUUCCAAGCUGACACAGACUUUUACCAGCAAUAUAGCAAUGGCAACUGGCAAACUGAGCAUGUCAUCCAACCAGGAGAACUCCUGUUCCGAGCGCGGGAUGGGACGGAUCUGCCACCCACUGUUGCUGAACAGACUCAAGUUGAGAGUUGCCAGAAUCCCUCACAGUGAGGGCGUGAUAGAGGUGGCCAGGUACACUGUGCAAGACAUGUAGGACAGUAACAUAAAUGCACUGCUGUUACAUCAACAAUGCUGAAUGCAACAAUGCAUCUGUGACUAAGACACUAAAGAACAGGAAGCUGCGAAACUCACUCUGUAACCGCUAUCUUUCUACAUGUAAAGAGGCUUUGUGCUUUUCUCAAAUCAAAUCAAGUUGUAAAAGCAGAAUUAACCUGGGCAACAACAUUGUGUAUUCACAGCUGCAGGACUAUGAUAAAACAAGGGAGUGAGGAUGAUUGCAGAUUGAAACUGACAGCACUUGCUGUUCAGUUGCCCUGUUACUGAAGAUUUGAGAUUUUUCUUCAUAUUGAAUGCACUAGGCCCAGCCCAGCAAGGGUUGGUGUUGGAGGGGAAACUUGAAAUUUCAGCACCCCAGGGAUUUGAAUCCAUAAUUAUGAAGCAACAGUCAGCAUUAUGCACUACAUGGGAUCAGUCUAAUGCACUGUGAUCAUUACUAGGUGGUCACUCCUAGUGAAUUUCAGCACACACCAGAACUCCAAGUCCCUUUGUUCUGCACAUAUUGUGCAUUAUUUUUCUUUACUGAAUGGCUCUACCAUUUGUGCUAUGUAGGACAAGAAGUGUUUCCAUAUUGUGAGACAGCCCAAAUAAUGGCCCAUUUUAAAAAUAAAGAAAAUGCAGAGAGCACGUUUUGGGCAUCAUCUUUGGUCAUUAGUUCUUAAAAGCACAACCCAGAAACAGAGUUGUUCAUAAUGCUGCUACAGCCUUUCAGCGACUGGAUCCAUGUUCUGCAAAGUAAAUGUUCCAUUGGCAGAACUCAUUGGAGUAAAGACAAACACUAUUCUUGAUGAGUUAGCACAAUCCGGUUACACAAUUGGUGCUGUUUGAAACUUGCAAUUUAAUGAUGUUUUGCUGGGAUUUUGAUAACAUGAUUUUUGUAACUGGGGCCAUUUCUGGAACUGGAAGCUGACACCACAUAGUAUUAGUUUCCUGUUGACCACUAUAGUGGAAGGAAAACUCAUUGACUUCGGAGAAUGCCUUCCCAUCACCCAUCCAUCCCGACCAAAUUCUAAAUCCCUGAAACUGAAACAAUUACUUUGAUGGUAUGUUUCAAACUGUGUUUUAGUCAGAAUUAGAGUUUGUGUUUCUUGCAGUAGAGGCUGCCUGUCCCUUAAGGAGACUUUUCUCAAGCCACAUGAUUUCCAUUUCUUGCUCUCAUGAUGAACUGCCAUUUUUUAUUCCCCAGCUGUUGCUAUCAGUUGCUGUAGUUUUCACACUGACUGAAAUUCGCUCAUUUUGCCAGCACUUGGCAUCAUUAAAUCUGUGUGAGAGAGAAUAAUCUGUCAUUUACCCAGUGUCUCUGCAGUAUGCCUUGGCCUGAAAGUUGACGAUGAAGUGGUAAAAAUGUGACAUCUCAGUUACUUACCACAGCUGAAUCCCAAACAAAGGAAAUCAUGGUGCAGGAAUUUGAGAUCCCAAGUCUUUAAAGAUCCUCCAUAUCUAUUUACUGUCUACUCAAGAAAUGAGUACAAACACCAGAGAAAUGUUAUGGGCUCUGCUUUGGGUCCCACUUUUAAAAUUCCUGUUCUAAGGAACUAAAGCCUCAAGGGAAAUUUCCCUUAUGAUCUUGCCUUAGUUGGCCUUUCUCAUCAAUUAGUCCCAGCCAAAUAAUCUCAGUUGGAUGAAAGCAGUGCUGCUGAUCUGAAAUAAAAACAGAUAAUGCUGGAACAACUCAAGGUCGGGCAGCAUUUGUGGAGACAGAAAUUAAGUUAGUGUUGAACCUGAUAGAACUCUUCAUUGAAAAGGUUCCCUCCAGCAUUUUCUGUUUUUAUUAACAAUCUCAGUAUGGCCUGUUUCUGCUGUGUGUCUCCUAACUAGUCGAAGAAAGACAUAGGAAUUUUCAGACUUCCCCUGGUUGCAUCUCUGGUAACUGAAAUGCUGAUCUUCAAAACCUGAAUCUUAAGUAAAUGGUGCAAAAGGAAAGAGAAGUGAUUCACAAACUGUUUCUUCAAGGGACAGAUAUUUGGGUAUUUUUCUAUAUCUGCAGAACAACCUGCUCCAGUUGCAGUGACUUCUGUACAUGGUAUAUAGAAUUUGUUUAAAAAUUGACAAUUAUUAACUUAUGAAUAUUUGGUUCUUCACUCACUACUUGUCAAGUUUUUCUUCUGCUGGAAUGGGCACUUCUUUUUCUGUAAAUAAUUUUAACAAUUUGGAUCUAUCCCAAAAAUAUAUAGUACAUGAAAUGAAGCAGUUGUGUUUUGUGGGUAAUGGUGUCAGGAUGCAUUUCCUUUCCUCUAAUUCCUUAUAAGAAAUAACUCGAUUGUUUUAGUUCAUGUUAUAGACACUGGUUUCCCCAAAGUAUUACAUUAUCAUCUUAAAUAUGUUGUGUAACAAUAAUCUUCUACCUGACCUCUCCAGGCAUUAGACCUAUGUACCACAGUAACUAAUCCCUUUUUCAAUCUAGAAUCCAAAUGAAUUUAAUCACUUGCUUCAGGAUAUGUUCUCUGCCCAAUGGGCAUCGGCAUUAGAUGCUUUACCCAAAGGGUAGAGGUAUUGGGAUUUCUUCUGACUCAAUGUGCAGUUACUAAUGAUUCAAAUAUUGAAUACAGAGCAGAAUUAAAACUGACAGUUGGAGAUUCCCCAAUGAUUCAGAGGGAAAUUCCAUGUCAGGUUAGGCUUUGAUUUUUUGAGUCUUUAUAGCUAAUCUCUCUUUUGGACGAACUGAAAUGAACCAGGGAAGUAUCUGGCUCAAAACUUCGGGGGUGAGGUUGGGACAAAAUAUCACAUAAAUCAGUCCUACCAAUCAUGAUGCAAACUUGUGAUACUAAAAGGCUACCUGAAUCCAGAGAACUAUAUUCCAGUCAGGAAGGCGGCUAUGGAUUCAAGGAUAUAUGAGUUUCUGGAUUCGACUAUAGGUAUCCUUUUGUUUUUUUAAAACAAAAUAACUUGCCUGUUUAUAAAAUAAAGUAUGAUCUGUGACAUACAGCUUGAGAAGAUGUUGGAAGUAAAUUUUGUUGUAACUUUCAGUAGGCAGUUGGAUGUAUACUUAGAAAGGACGCAUUUGCAGGGCUCCAGCGUGGGACUAAUUGGGUAUAUCUUUCAAAGCGCUCAGACAAAGGAUGGGCCUAAUUGCCCUUUUGAGCGGAAUGGAAAUUGAUCUACACAGAACCAAUCAAGAUGAUCGGCUAGCCACAAGUUGGCGCUGUAUAUAAAAACGUCAAAAUCUUUGGAAAGUUUCAAAAACUGGGGCUCUGUUAAUCAGUUACCAGAUUCACCUUACACGUCCACUCCUGUAUACAGUUAUUCAUAAAUCUUAGACUCGAAGAUAAAACAGUACUGCAUCCAUAAAAAAUCUGGCAAAUGCACCGAAAAUGUCUAAAAAGGCUUUUAUUUUGGAGUGUUUCUGAUCCUUAUUCAAAUGUGAAUGUUGUAAAUCACAAGGUAUAAUCCAGCUGUGAAGUACGUCCCGUUACAUUGAGACAAUAUCCCCCAGCCCCAUACAGUACACUCUUCUGUCAGUGUACUGUAUUUAUCUACUCUGCCUGUGCUGACUCCUAGCAGCCACCAGCAGACGCUGUAGGAUAGGAUUUGAAUGCCUCCGUAGCUGGUAAACAACAUAUUAGGAUUAUGUCACAAUUACCAAACUGAAAAUAAGAAUUUACGACACAACUUUAAAUACCAGUUCUACAAGAAAAAGAAACAGACAAUUAGAAACGUUACUUUUCCUUUUAAUUUUCUCCUAAUCUUAAAGAACUGAGAACUCAAAGUCCUUCAUCUCGAACAUUGAUGUUGAGUUCUAUAUGGCCAUUCAUUCCUGGGUACACUCGAUGACUAUGUAUUGAAAAGUUUUCCUUGACUUUGAAAGCAAUAAUAGUUUACCUAUAUCGUAAGUUUACAUAUUUCUAUUUAGAUUCAUUGCAAGGAUUACAUUUUCAGUAGUCAUUUAUUAUUUGGGCCAUGCAUUAGUUUGAUUGUAAAAGCUGACCUGCACUUGAUAGCAGAAGUAGCGUUGUAGAGAAGAAUGUCAAAUGUGCAUCAUUCAACGUUUUAAAAGAGAAAUACAAGUUAGUUUGAAAUAGGAAUCCUUCCGCAGAUUUGCAAGAGUAAAGGGUGUCAACAGUCACAUCUCCACGAAGAGAACUGACUUUAAUCUCAUUACUGGAUUCUGGAUCAGUGGUGCUGGAAGAGCACAGCAAUUCAGGCAGCAUCCGACGAGCAGCAAA